AUGAAGAACUCCAGGAUACCAGAUAAAUCUAUUUUACACAGUUUCCCCUAUCCGGUCUACCAACUCAAGGCGGUUAGUUCCGAGAUUCUCCUAACUGCGGGUGGAGGAGGAGCGUCAAAGACUGGAGUUCCAAAUCGGAUUGAUGUUGUGAAAAUAGCGCGGCCUACUCGAAUAGUUUCCGGUAGCUCAGACGAUGCAAACAUACCAGUUCCGCCGGAAACUUCGAUUAUCGGUGGAGUUGAGACAGAUUCUGAGGCCGUAAUGCACAUGGCCCUGUCCGCAAGCUCCUCCGGCGCUGCUGUCCUCUUCACUUUGGAGGGCUCAGCCUGUCAAGAAUACCUAUUCUGCCCUGCGAAGCAUACUCCCCCUCCGAAAGUGGCUAGCGUCGCGGACCUUGAUGAGCAGGACUUUAAGGUGGAUUCAACCACUCCAAAGGUUGAUGAUUCUUCAUCUUCGGAAGAAGCCCUCCAAAACGGAACACCAGGCAGCUUGUUGAGCGGCCAACGGAGUACCAAGAAGAGGAAUGCAGUUUCAGACAAGGAGGCUAAUUCACGCAGUAAAACUGAAUACAGUUGUGCAAAUGAAGGAACCUGGGACUGUCACGGCUUAAGAAAAGUUAGCGUUUCCCCGACUGCCGCUCUGAUUGAACGCAAACGAGUGGACAGCUGUAGCAGCACAAACAGCCAACUCUCUGCCUCUUACAUGGAUGAUGAACUCAAUUGCAUCGCCUCCGGUGGGCCAGGUAAUGCUUGGUGUGCCAUCGGUACAAUUCAUGGAGGUGUUGCUGUUAUCGACCGCUACAUCACGACGGAGUCCUCGCAGUUGACGCCGUCGUCGCCAUCAUUGCCUACUAGUUCCCCCUUGAUGCCAUCUUCUUCCUAUACAUUCACUUUUGGCGACUGCGAUGAAGUUGAAGAAACUGUGCUUCCAAUGAAACCUUUCUAUGCCCUGCCGGAUGUGAGUGGCGGUAGGUGUGCGCCAGUAUGUGAUCUGGCUCUAUCGGGAUGUAGAUUCACUGAGGGUUCCGAGGAGAUCCAGUUGGUGCCUCUACUUGCCACCAUCAGUGGGCGACCGCUGGGCAGUCUGCUUCGCAUCUGGCGUAUCUGUGGUCCUGCGGUGACCGCCUCUGCAUCGUCCACUACUGCCACCACCAAUAGCAGCCGCGACGAAGACAGCUCCUUCCACCCCAGUAGCCGCCAACGAAAGCAAAAGAAA